GGGCUUGGGUUCAACCUUUCUUACAGUAAGCUAGGCCAAAAAAUUCAGCAAUCCUUACCGGGAUUGAUGGAAGGAGAGGAAUUAGGUUUAGAAUUCAGUAGCGAAAAAUCGGCAGUCAUGAUUUUUAACGAGGAUGAAGUUGAGAGGCUGAAGAUACAGAAUAUUACAGUUGAGAGAGCUAGUAAAUACAAGUAUCUAGGAGUAUGGAUAUGUGAUGGUGCAGAAUAUCUCAGAGACCAUGAAAAGUAUAUAAUAGGUAAGGGCAACAGAAAUGCAGCUGUAAUGAAAAAUAGAGCACUUUGGAAUUACAACAGGUAUGAGGUGGUGAGAGAGAUUUGGAAAGGGGUCAUGGUGCCUGGCUUGACAUUUGGAAACGCAGUGCUAUGCAUGAAAUCCGAAGUGCAUGCGAAACUAGAAAUAAAACAGCGCGGAGUAGGUAGACUGGCUUUGGGGGCGCAUUGCAAAACGCCAAACCAGGGAGUACAAGGAGACAUGGGAUGGGCAUCAUUUGAGAGCAGGGAAGCGGUGAGCAAGGUAGAAUUUGAGGAUAGGUUGAGGCUAAUGGAUGGGGAGCAAUGGGCACGAAAGGUUUUCAGCUAUUUAUACAUGAGGAGUGUAGACACAAAGUGGAGACAGCGCACUAGGAAAUUAAGAGGAAAGUUUUUGGGCUAUAGCGAAGAUACGGAAGAGCAAGUCUCAGUUAAGAAGAAAGUUAAGGCCACAGAAAGGGAUCGGUGGCUAGAGGGAAUGCAGACAAAGACUGCUCUGGAAAGCUAUAGAUUAAACAAAAGAGUUAUUGCCAAAGAAAGCAUUUAUGACAAUUCUAGGGGAAGCUCAUUGCUGUUUGAGGCAAGAACGGGUGUUCUGCGAACCAGAACAUACAGAGUGAAGUACCAGGAAAUGGAUACAGUGUGCAUUGCUUGUGGAGAGGAGGACGAGACGGCUGAGCACUUGAUACUCUACUGCAAAGGGCUUCACCCUAUGCCUACCGAAGACAACAUAGAUUUAAUAAAGUCAUUGGGUUUUAGAGACAGCGAAGGGAGAGUGGAUUUCAAGACUGUAGAGAUUACCAAGCAAAGAUUAAGUGAAUGGUGGCAGAAAUCGAGAGAAAACUAGGUAUUUUCUUAUUCACUGAUGGCAAGGGGGUUUCAUAGCCUCACUUUCUUUGCACUGCGGAGUGAAUAUAGAUUUCACAUUUAAAUAUUCUAAGCUUAAAUGGUAAAACAAAAUGGCUAGGUGGCGUAAGCUACCGCCCGAUCCAAAGGGCUCAGCCGUAUUCAUCCAUCCAUCCAUCCU